UUAUCACGAAUACGAUUUAUAUCAGUAACGCGGACGGCGGAGUGUAAAAGCUUUCUAUGCCCACGCUUUUGGUGUGGCCUUAAAUUUCAGUCGGCUUAAAUUUCAGUAGUAUAUUUCUUGUUUCGUUUGGAAAUUUUCGUACGGAGAAACUGCUGUAACAUAUGAAUUUAAUUCUCUGAAAACGGCACCUUACCACCACUCAGACAUCUCAACUAACCCACCAAACAGAGUAAAUAAUAAUAAUUAUAUGUGAUUGAUAUUUUCGUAAAUAGAAAGAUUUAUAGACUCCAAAAUUAUGACAGACCCUCCACUUUUCUUUCAAUGAAAUUAGGGCCCCGAAGAGUGGCAGAGUUUCAUAGAAACUAUGGCAGAUUUGAAGGAAGUUGUAAACAGCGUGUUACUUCCAUUGCAACUUAGCCUUGGACUUCUUCUCAUCAUGAAGACGACGCCUCUUUGGGCGGUUAUACAUUGCACCCUUGCCUACUUGCUCCACUGCUUGUGUUUCCCUUACACAGAUUACAAACAGCUUGGGGAAUUCCAAGGUCGAGUCUUCAAAAAAGUUAUCUCUCAUGCCACCACAGCAGGAGAUGUGUCGAAGCUGAAAAAUCAGAAGGAUGCUCAGGAAUCUAAGAAAGAAGGGAAAUCUCAGAUUGAUGACACAGUCUCAGUGGUCUACCUGGGCAAGAAGUUUGUACUGAAGCGAAUGGAAGGCAACAAGAUGUUAAUGAAGGAUGGACCUGGUUAUUGCAUCACAGAUAAAAUGUGGGAAACUGUCAAGUACAUUGAGAAAAUGGCUUCAAACACAGUGUUUGUGAAAAAUCAUAAAGAAAUAUGGGAAGAAGUGGUUACAGGCGAUAUUAUGAAGUUUGAAGAAGUGCUGAAUUCAGUGAUACUGGACAACCGCGCGGUUAUUCGUCUGGAUCACGAUUACUUCCUUCCUGUCAACUUAUUGUUGUCGGAGGAUAAGUUGAUGACGAUUUUAAACUUCGUGGGUCUGUUCCUGAAGACUCAAAAGCAUAUUCAUUGGCUCAUUCCUGCAUCGCUAACCUUUGCAUCAGUAAGCAUGGGGUUCAGCACUAAAGUGAGGCUGUGGAUCGAUGGCUUUAUCAAUGCAAUCUUGUGCAGAUCAGUACAGCUGCUGUGUGACCCACUGCCUUUGGCAAUGAGGAGGCGGGCGUAUUGUUGGGGGAACUGGGUGGAGAAUUUGAAGCCUGGUAACGACUUGCAAUCAAAGAUUGUGAGUGGUAAAGUAUGCUUGCUCGUUGCUGCAGGUGCAAAAGCUGACUCUGAAUUCUUUGCUGACUGUGAAUCCUUGGCGAGCAGAGGUGGAGGUGCAAAAGCCCACCUUGGAACCUCAACUGAGUGUGAAUCCUCGGCUGACCUUGUAAUCAUGGCUGACCAGAACUAUAUACGUGCUCUUCUUCCUGGAGGUAAGAAAACUCAGCCUGAAGCUGAUCCCUCUGUUGACUCUGAACAAGUGGCCAACCGUUCGGUAGAUUCGGUACAUGAGAUUUGGCCUAAAGUUGGCCCCUUUCUGUUCAAAUGUGAGUCUAAAUGUGACUCAGUUUACAUAGAGUAGAUCUUCGACAACACUACUCAAAUAUGUUCGUUAAAAGCCGGUCGAUUUGCAUCGCAGGAGUCGCUAAUAGCCCAUGAUAUUUCUGUUGUAUGUGAUGAUGAUGAUGAUUGCAGGAGGGAGGAGGAUAUAAAGCUCUUCACAUUCGCUUCUAUUUGUGGAAAGGAGGAGCAUAAUAACUCGUUAAUAGCCAAUCAUUUCGAUACUAAAUCUGUUGAUGUUGAGUACUGUAGCAGCAAGGAGGCCAUAAAGCUCUUCAAGUUUGCUUGUUACAUGGCAAAGUACAAAUCAGGUUCACUGAAAUCAUAUGACCGUAAUACUAAUACGGUGUAUGUCCGCCGGUUCGUGGAGUCCAUCAACGCCUAUGUGAGGAGCAGGUAUCCACCUCUGUACAAAUUGGAUCUGGAGGAUGUAGUUGUCCGCUGAUAUUCUUCUGCUCCACUAGAGGAUGUCUUAUGUCUAUUCUCUUGUAAGCACUCAUAACUCCCCAGUAUGCUUCCUUUUAACACCUAAAUGAUUGUGUAUUAGCUGAACUGAUAGUCCAAUCUAAGAAUACUAUUACGAUGAGAUCUUCCUUUAUGAAAAGGAUAGACACAAUGUAAUAAAUUAGUUUGUAGUAAGGUUGGUUGGGAAGUUUUUUUUCUUAA